AUGCCUCCUAGACUCAAAACGAACGGACAGAAUUGGAGAGGAGGGAUACAGAAGAGGAGAUUCGUUUCAUUUCCCAAAUUGUUCCCAUCUCCACCUUUGGAUCCAAGAAGAAAAGCUUCCACCACCGCUAAUCAGACCGAUUGGCUGGCUUGGUUGAGGAAGAAAGCGGAGGGAGGAGGACAAGGUGGUAAGGCGCUUUUGUUCGCUGGUCUUGGAUCAUAUCCCCACACACCUCAUUCCCCAACUCCAUCAAGUUUAGCGAUAUGGGAACAAGCAUCCGAAGCGCUUUUGACUCCCGAUACCUCUUUGUUAUACGAUACAAAAGGUAUGGAAGAAUUUGCCGGUAUUCUCCAUGGUACUCGCGGUGUGAGAGGUUGGAUGAGAGGUUGGGUCAAAGGUCGAACGUUGGAUGAAUUGAUGUUACGGGCAGAUGUUACAGCUGCUUUCAUUUUGAGUUCUAGUAUCGCCAUCUUGGCGAGCGAACAGGAACAUACCAAUGGAGAGGGGUUGAUACCUUCUGGAGUGACACAUUUAGUAGGACAUGGAUUUAUAGGUACUCUGACGGCUUUGGUAGCUGCUGGAAGGAUUGAUCUUCCAACUGGUGUUAGAUUGGCGAGGAUGUACGCUUCUUUACCUGCUUCACCUGAAGGAGAAAACAGAAAGUUCAUGACCACGGUUCUUUCUGCUAGACAAUUCCAUUCGCUUUCUCAUCCUGAAGAUUGGACCUUGGAGGGGAAUCAAGGAGAAAGUUCGUCGGCUCCGGAAAGAAGAAGAAGAGCUAUGCAAUUGAUUUUAGAUGAAAUUCAUGAGAUGCAGAGGGAAUGGGAGAAAGAUGGACAAGGUGAAUGGGCAGAAGCAGGUAUUAUCAACAGUAGUAAAGUGUUGGUUGUGACGGGGACUCAUGACGCUACUUCGCAAGUCAUAACUAGACUUCAAGUACUUGGUCUCGCUAAUGAAGUUAUGGACGUACCCAUGCCAUGUCCAUUCAAUACUAGACUCAUGGUUCAUGCUCAACCAUUAUUCCGAGACAUCUUGUCAAGAGCGCAAUUUAAUCCUUCUUCCACGCCGGAGAUUACAGUCAUGGAUCCAUGUACCACCCAACCUAUCGGUCACCUACCUCAAGCUCUCGAAACACAUCUAUGUAGUCAAGUAAGAUGGCAUAAAACCCUCUCUCAACUAUGUUCCGACCCUCUGCCCCAAGUUGGGGCGUUUUACACGGUUGGGAAAGGUGCCAAAGGGUUGGGGGUGAUGCUCAGGGGUGAAAUCAAGAGACGGGUAGAAGGUGCUCCAGAAAUUGAGGUGAGGGAGUAUGGAAGGGAAGAGGAAGAUGAGUGGGUGAAGAGAAAGUUACGUUGA